UCUAGUCCCUUCCUUCCCGGGCUGGCAGGCGACCGCGGCGGACGGUGGAUCGGCGGGCCGGCGGCGCCCACACCGUGCUGGCUGCCCGGCAGCCGGCUUCCUUUUGUCUUUCCGGGCGGCGAUGAGCGCAGCACCCGCAGGGAGGCUGCGGGCGCACGGACGCCCGAGCUCCUAGCCACCUCUCGGGCCUCUGGAAGGAACCGGCGGAAUCGGCGGAGCGCGUCCUACCCCAGACCGGUUGGACAUUGGGGUGCCAGGGUCCUGGGGACUGCCCUCUCCGACUUGCCUUCCCUGGAUUCAGCCCACAAGACUGCAAAACAAAGGGCAUGGUCUAGCUGCUCGCUGCACUUGCGUGCCAGCCCGGAGCCUCUGACCCCUGCUGUGUCUUGCACUCCGCUCUACCCCAGGCGCAGUCACUGACCACCAUGGGCAAGCAGAACAGCAAGCUGCGGCCAGAGGUGCUGCAGGACCUGCGUGAGAACACAGAGUUCACCGACCACGAGCUGCAGGAGUGGUACAAGGGCUUCCUCAAGGACUGCCCCACCGGCCACCUGACCGUGGAUGAGUUCAAGAAGAUCUACGCCAACUUCUUCCCCUAUGGCGACGCCUCCAAGUUUGCCGAGCACGUCUUCCGCACCUUCGACACCAACGGUGACGGCACCAUCGACUUCCGGGAGUUCAUCAUCGCGCUGAGCGUGACGUCUCGUGGGAAGCUCGAGCAGAAGCUCAAGUGGGCCUUCAGCAUGUAUGACCUGGACGGCAACGGCUACAUCAGCCGCAGCGAGAUGCUGGAGAUCGUGCAGGCCAUCUACAAAAUGGUGUCGUCUGUGAUGAAGAUGCCAGAGGAUGAGUCUACCCCAGAGAAGCGGACGGACAAGAUCUUCAGACAGAUGGACACCAACAAUGAUGGCAAAUUGUCCCUGGAAGAGUUCAUCAAAGGUGCCAAGAGUGACCCCUCCAUUGUGCGGCUGCUGCAGUGUGACCCCAGCAGCGCCAGCCAGUUCUGAGGCUCGGGACAUGACACUGCGCAGGGGACGCCCAAAGACCAAGGCUCAUCCUGUGCUCUCAGCUUUGCUUGCGAAAGCAGACACCACCACCACCCUCGGCGGUCCCUGCCCUUUGACACAUGGCCCUGCCCGGGCUGUGCCUCUCUCCUCCGCCUGACUAGCAAGCCACCCCCUCCCACCAACCCCUGGGGAUGGGGCCCUGUGCAGGGCUUCCGGGAGCACGUAGGCUGCCACCGAGGUGACUUUGCACUGCCGGGUGGGGACAAAGGGGACGGAGCGCAGACAGGCAAGCCCUCCCUCCCGAGCAUGGCCCACCCCCUUGUCCAUCUGUGACCAAAGGCUUGCUCACAUCACCUGUGGUCCUUCUUUUCACAUGUAAGUUAUGUGUCUGCUGGCGUGAGGUGUGACGCUAGGUCCCCUAUUUAAAGCUCCUGGCCCUGCAGCAUGGUCCCAUGGCCCAUGGCUGUCCGUGGUCUCUGCCUCGCCCACCCCGUGCCGAAAAGAUGCAUGCUGGCCGGGGCAGGGCCGUGUGGCCCUGCGUGCAGACAGCUGUGAUCAUCCUUCGUGUCGAUUGGUCUGGCAUUUCUGGUAUUAAAAUGAUCAAAUAAGUGA